AUGUUCCUCCAUUCGGGCGCCAGCCUUCAUGGCCAUGAGUACUCGAAUAGACCAAACCGGCCAUCAAAUCAACAACUCUUGCCGGACCCGAGACGGAAUCGUCUGCUACGGUCUGCCUUUACCUCGCCCAACUCCGCAUCCUCGUCUGCAUCCACAUCGUCUGCACUUUCUUCCUCUGCCUCUGCCGUCUCCCACCCUUCCGUCACUUCGUCUUCGGCAACGGCCAUUCCCAGUCUCAACGCGUCCGCCACCUCAUCGCCGCCAUCCAUUGUCCGCUCCAGCACCUACUCGGAUGGCAUUCGCCCGGCUCGACCGCUCCGUCCCAAGCCGCACCUACGGCACGUCUCUGAAGGCCUUCUCACGAGUGACCGGUCGCUCCCACCCGAGCCCGUUGUCCGGUUCCACGACCCUCCAGUCGUAGAAACCGGGCCCAUCACCCGCUCGCUUCUUUCCACAAACACUCCGAGAUUAUCAACACCAUCCCGGCCCCGGGCUCGCCUGCCCAAGGCGCCGGAACCUAUGAGCGAAGAUGAGGCCUCGUUCUCGGCCUCGGAGGCAAGCUAUGCCAGCGACCCGGCGCCCAGCUCCGCCGCGUCCUCCAAGCCCAGCCGCCGCCGACGAACGCCCCGCAAGAGUACAACGUUCCUGCUCGCCCAUCCAGCACCAAAACUGAGCACGAAGAAGCACCUUCUCAAGCGGCUCCGCCCGACGCUGCUCAUGCAAAUGCAACAGCUCUCGGCCGACCGCCGGCCACGGCCCGUGAUCGACGUCUACCCGUCUUCGCUACUUGCUGGCAACGUUGCCGCACCCCGGUUCUCGAAACGGUUCCCACGCCUUUUUGGUAUCAACGGCGAGCUGGGCCUGCACGACACCAUCCUUGUCCAGAGCGAAGACUACGACUCCCGUUUGCUCGGUUCUGAGAGCGACGACGAGAACGACAGCUUCGAGCACAGAGCUUUACUUGCUGUGCUGAGUCCCUUGCGCCGCGGCGAUCAGUCCGAGAUUGCACUCGAAGACGGCUCUGUCUGGACGACAAAGGCGCUACCUACCGGCUCUUUUGACUUUGUCCGCGUAGAUGAACACGGCAACACAACCACCGCCCGCUGGGUGAGCCGUAACAUGUCCAAACCACCACCAGCUGUUGAUGCAAAAUGCACCACAACCGGGGCCGACGACCAUGCAGCUACUGCCGAACAUGACUGCAAGUUCACGUUCAGUAUUAUUGACCCGCAAUCAAGACGGCACCCCAUCCUAGGCACCCUGACGCGGACGACCCUUGAGAUUCUCGAUACCUACACCACGGUCUCGCCAUCGGCCAGCAGAUACCCGCCCUCGCGUGCCUGGACGCCGUCUCCGGCCUCCCACGACGCUGACAACAGCAACGACGAAGAGCUCUCGCACGACGAUGAUGCCGGCCAGCCAUCUAUUGCUCCAUCCAUGCUCUCCAAUGCCAAAGCACGGACCACGCUUCCCGUCGAUGCCGCCCUGAAGAACUUCAUUUCGAUCAGCGCAGUCUGGGUGGCCCUCCAGUGCGGUUGGGGCCAGACCGUAGGGGGACACUGCCCCUUCCCCGGAACUAGCAAUGCCUCGGGCAUCAAGAGCGCUACUGGCAGUGUCCGUUUUGUGCCUGACUCAUCGGCCGGCGAUGCUACCAACGCUGGCGAUGACACCUUCAAGCGCGGGCGCCGCUUGUCUGCACGCUACAAGACACGAUCGGCUACACUUCCCUCCAUCGAUAUCCCCGACCGCGAUGUAUCACCGUCCGUAUCGCCCAAGGCACCUGGGCGCACGCCCAUCUUUCCACGGAAGGCAUCCAGCACGGGCGCUGCCUACAUCCAACGCCGAAAACAGAUGCAACUGUCCGACACAAGCGACUCGGAACGGCCGCCGGCUGCUCUUAUUGCCCCGCGCCGUCGGAGCCGCGCAUUCUCGCGACUGAGCGGCGAGUUUUCGUCCAAGGUGUCUUCCAAGGUCCAGUCGUCCCCCUCGCCGUCCGAAGCACCUGCUACACCCGAGGUCAUGCUCGAGGAAAUCUCCCCCGUGCCAUCAUCUCUGUACCACCACCAGCAGAACUCACAGCAGCCUAACACGUCGUCGAGGACGACCACGGCAGCAUCGUCCAUAGCUGCUGCGCCAGUCUCGUCGUUCACAUCGCCCGAUCUGCAGCAGACCCAGGCCUUGUUGGCAACACAGUCCUUGCCUCGCGGCGGCCGGUCUGUCUCUGCCUACUAUGCCACGAAUCCUUUGGCCCAUGCUAUGCCGGACGAUUUUACCGAUGCGGCCCACCCUGACCACCUGGCGAUGAUGCAGCACCACGGCCCUGUUGACCUGAGCGCAGCACCGAUUGACAUCCAUCGCCACAACCCCAACGGCAUGGCCUGGCAUCAUCGACCCGACUCUGUCAUGGAAAAGAGCAGCAAUAACGGCGGUGCGCGCUGGAAGCGCCUGGGCAAUUGGUUCAAACGCCUCGGAAAUGGCGGUAGCGCGAACGGCGUCGCCCAUUAA